AGACACACAGACACACACACUCGGUAUAGUUUUACGGGCGAAUGCGAAGGGAACUUCCGCGGAUUUCUAAAGCCCUGGGGAUGGCUCUGAGUUUGUGAUGAAGAUUCGAGCCGUGCAGAGCGGCAGUGGCUGAGCAGCUCCGGGCAGGUGAGGUGCACCGUCCACAGGUGAGCCCUGAACAGGAAUCCAACUCAUGCCUGAAGCUCUGAGGACGGCAGCUGCUGCUGCUGCCCCAGCAGCUGCUGCUGCUACUGCUGCUGCUACUGCUGCUACUACCGCUGCUGGAACUACCGCUGCUGCUACUACAGCUGCUGCUGCUACUACAACUGCUACUACUACAGCUGCUGGUGCCCCUCAUCUGUACUCGCACACGAAGCGCGUGGGGCAGUACCUCCUGGGCAGGGUGCUGGGGGAGGGGGCAUUCGCCAAGGUGAGGGAGGCUAUCCACUGCCCCACUGGCGAGAAGGUGGCCAUCAAGGUGCUGGACAAGGCGCGGGUGCGGGGCGACCCGUACCUGUCUCGCGCCGUGCGACGUGAGGCGGCGGUGCAGCGCCGGGCUGGGGCCCACGUGGGCCUCUGCCGCCUCCUGCACGCGCUCGACAGCCCCGGGGCCCUCUACCUCGUACUCGAGCUGUGCGCCCGAGGGGACCUCGGCUCGCGCCUCGCGGGUCGCGCCGGCGGCGCCCUUGGGGAGCCGCGCGCACGCGACUACGCGCGCCAGCUGCUCGCCGCGGCUGCGCACCUGCACGCGCGCGGCGUGGUGCACAGAGAUCUCAAGAUUGAAAACAUGUUGCUGGAUGAAGAUGACAACAUCAAAAUAAUCGACUUCGGCUUGAGCAAUGAGCUGGCCACGUGUGGCGGUGGGGGUCCCUGCGAGGGGGCUCUGCUACUGACGCAGUGCGGCAGUCCCGCCUACGCGGCCCCCGAGAUUCUGUCGCAGAAACCCUACGGGACCCCGGCCGACGUUUGGUCGCUCGGAGUGAGCCUGUUCGUGAUGCUCACCGGGACGCUGCCGUUCACCGUGGAGCCCUUCAACAUCAGAGCGCUGCUCAACAAGAUCCUCACCGACAGCAUGAACCCCAUACCCGCUCACCUGUCCGCAGACGCUGUCCGAUUCACGAAGUCGCUGCUCAAUCCGGACCCUGCAUUGCGGCCCUCGGCCCGCGAGGCCCUCACGGACGCCUGGCUCCACCAAGACACUCCACCCCCCCAGUGUCCACCCUCCAGGCCGGAGCCUCUGGACGCCCACGUGCUCCGCAUCAUGGCCGACUCGAUGGGCGUGUGGCCCGCAGAGGUGGCAGCAGCGGUGUCGGCCAAUCAGAGCGGGGCGUUGCUCACCACCUACUUCCUGCUGUGCCAGAGGGAGCGUCGGAGGGCGAGGACUGAGAAAACGGUGAAGAAGACGCUCUUUGACGGGGACCCCCUCGAUCGGAAGGGACCCCGCGCCGUUGACCCCGGAGGACCCUCCCAGCCAAUCACAGAGCGGCCACGUGCGCCCAGCGACCAAUCGGGCGGCAGCAACGAAAUUCAAACUGAGCACCUCGUGGCCGUUGACGCAGACAGAGGUGACCGUGAAAACCCGCUUCUACAUCCCAACCGGGGCGAACAAGGAGGAGAAAUCCGCGGCAGCGGUGGCAGCGGCGGAGGAGAAAUCCGCGGAAUCCCCGCGGGAAUCGUGGCAACCCCCAUGAUCUACAGACGAAUGUCGACCACCAAAGCGGCCGAGAGGCAGCCGAUAAAUCGGCAGCGCCGGCUAACGAGAGCGACCCAGGUCCCUCCCCACGUCUCCCCCCAGCUCCCCGGACCCUGCCCGGCGAGGGAAACCCCGGCGGGACGACUUCCUCCGCUCUCCCCGGCUCUGCCCCGGCUGCUCCCCAGCCUCCGGGUGACCUGUCACGGGGAAGGAGGCGACGGCAUCCGCGGCGGGGCCGGUGGUGGUGGUGGCGGUGGUGGUGGCUUGCAAAGUGCCACGCGGAUUUAUUCAUUUAGCGAACGCCAUAGGGCGCGCGACUUCCCACGGUCAAAACACCAGAAACAUUGA